AUGGACGCAUUGGGUCUGGCCCAGCCUCCAAUGAGGACAACGCAUAUUGGCGGCCAGGAUUCAUCAAGGCAGCAGUUGCUCAUUGUGGACAGAAACACGCUGGCCUGUGUUACAAACACACAGUUAAUACUAUACAAAAUAGGUUCUUUCCCUCCCAAGUGUGAGGCAGAUCUCCUCACGCCUUCAAACGCCCCAUGCCUUAGGGACCCUUAUGUGCUGCAUUCUUCAAAUACAUUCGAAGAUGAUGGCGGUAUAUCAACAGUGGCAAUAGACAACGACCACGAGCUCAUAGCUGUUUGUGGGCGGAGUAUCGGCAAGCCUGCAAAUAUCUAUAUAUAUUCAUCAAGCACAUUUGAGCUCGUACAGCUCUGUAAGGCAUUUGCUGAGCGCGGAUUUUCCGCCGCGGCAUUUCGUGGGAAGUUUGCUUUAACUGGCAAUGAUGUGGGCAUCUCGAUGGGAGGGUCCAACCCGGAGACGCGAGACGCAAAUAGGGAGUUUGAGAUAUCGGAUAAAAACGCAGCGAGUGGCGAAACUCUACAGGCCUCUAAAGGUCAAGAGACAUGCCGCGAGAGUACUGUGAUGCGGUCUUCCACUCUGAAGCUCAAAAUAGAAGAAACGUCGAAUGAAAACAUGGCAAAGAAUGAGCUAGUUGAUCCCGAGCAAGUACCGCUGCUUGCUGUGGUCGGGUGGGAAGGAGAUGAGGGGGAAGUCGCUUCGCUUUCUACCUCUUACCUCACACUUUGGAACGUUUCUACAGCGUCUGCAUUCCUUCGCUUAAACACUCCCGCGUUGCAAGUGCUGGACCUACAAUGGUAUGAAGUUUGGUGCAGGCGGCCGCUUCUCUUCUUCUAG